AUGAGUUCCAAUUGGCCAAUUUAUUUGGCCGUUUUUAUGCUGACACCAGCACUACUGUCGGCAAUUUCAUAUCACAAACGAAAUUAUGAUUUGAGAUAUGCAAAUUCGGAUGUGCCACAAUGGAAGCAAAGGGCUUGUCAAAAAACGCAACGGGAAAAAAUUAAUUUACAUUACAUUUGCGAUGAAAAGGGUAAUGUCAAAUGUCUGCCCGGAUGGCAGGGUGACCUGUGUCAAGUGCCGCAGUGCCGAAAAGGAUGCGACCCAAUGAAUGGCUACUGCCAACGUCCGGACGAGUGUCGCUGUCGCAUCGGUUACACAGGAGAAUUUUGUGAACGCUGCAUACCACUGCCAGGCUGUCAACAUGGCUACUGCAACCGGCCAUUCGAAUGCAUCUGCAAACCUGGUUGGGAUGGUCUCUUUUGUACCGAACCAACCUGCCGUUCGGGCUGUCAUAGUACACGCGGCUACUGUGAGGCACCUGGUGAGUGUCGCUGUCGUCUAGGCUGGGCGGGCCGCACCUGUAGUGAUUGCGCCGUGUUGCCCGGCUGCCAACAUGGCACAUGUCAAAAGCCACUCGAAUGCAAUUGCCUGCCAGGCUAUACUGGACUGUUGUGCCAAACAGCUAUUUGUGCAACGGGCUGUCACAAGCAGCGAGGCUACUGUGCCAAGCCGGGCGAAUGCCGCUGCAAAGUUGGUUGGACAGGACCAAAUUGUGACCAAUGUUUUCCCUAUCCAGGCUGUGUGAAUGGCGAUUGUGAACGGCCAUGGGAGUGCAAUUGUAAACCUGGCUGGGGUGGCAUGCUGUGCGAUGAAAAGCUGACGUACUGCGAUGAACAUCCGAAUACGUGCGAAAAUGAAGGGCGUUGCAUACCGUUCACCAAGGAUGAUGGCAGUUAUCGCUGCGAAUGCAAAAAAGGGUAUUUGGGUAAAAAUUGCGAGAUUUUAGAUGAGUUUAUGUUGACUUCAACGUCAGCACCGCACAUCACACCGCCACCAAUGCCCAGUUGGGCAGCUGAAAUGGAAAAUAAUGACGAUGACAUGGAUGGCACUGAUGUGGGCAAUUUUAAUGACGGCGGUGAUCACCAGCUGGGGAAUAAAGUAGAACCCACAAAUAAUGCGGUAAUGACAGCAACAACUGCAGCAAGUCCAACAACGGCAGCAACAACAUCAUCAAUAGCCGACAAUUUUACAGCCAUCAGUGUAAGCACAAAGCCAGCACAAGCUCAACCACAAUUCAAUAGAGAAACUGCAUCAACUGUGCUCACCGUUGACAAGUUGACGAAUAUAAAUGACAUUAAGUCCACAUUGGCCAACGAUUUUAAUAAUACUAAGCCACCAACAUCUACUACAGAAGGUAAUGUUGCACAAUUGCCAUCGACAAGAAAUACGUCUGAUGUAGUAGCUGCAAAAAUUACAAAAACAGCAGAUACUCAUUUGAAUUUAAUUAAUGCAACAGCAGUCACUUUGAAGUCGCACGAUGCAUCAGUGCCCAGCCGAGAGACAGAAGAAAAUAGUACAAUGAAAAGCACCUAUUUACCUCCCAAUCAACACACCAGCACUUCUUCACCAUACGCGCUAGCGGCCUUCUCAAGCCCUAUACCCAUUCCCUUGCACUUUCUCGAGCCAACCACUCAUAAUCAAGUCACUCAUACAGUGGCUGCGGUAAAUUCGAAUUUAGCAACUCCUUCCGCUACUAAUGCGGCUAAUGAAGGUGCUAACGGUGAUGAAUAUGAGGAGAGCGAUGACGAUGAUGACAACGAGGAAGACGAUGAUGGUGAUGAUGACGAUGACGAUGAGGACGAGGACGAGGACGAGGAUGAUGAAGACCAAUUAAUACCAGAUGUGCUCAAUAGUGUUGCAUAGCAGAUAAUCAGUUCUGGUAACGGUGGCGAAUGUUUCAACUGUUUAACGCCGUUUGAUUUCAUUUAAUUACUCAUUGUAGUGGUUAUUUGAGAACAUACGUCAAAUAUAUACCCGUAUUUAUAGGAACAUAUGUACAUAUAUGUAUGUGUGUAGAUACAAGUAAUAUUUAUUCCUCAAUUAGUAACGUUUGCAAUCCGAUGGA